CGAGUUCUCUAAUGUUAGCUUGAUACGUAAAAAAUAAUUAGAGAAACUGCUGCUGUGAGAUGCAUUAUUAAUAUUCAUCAACUUUAGUUUUGUGUAUGAGGCUAAAUACAAGUUAAAAUGAACGGAAACAUAUCAAAUGACUUAAAGAAAAGACCAGCCGCCGCAGAAGGGCUGACUUCACCUACAUUUGCACCUGCUAAGUUAAAGUUCCCUAAACAUAUCCACAACCCUACAGAUGAUAAAUUUCAAGAAAUUGCUGAGUCUAUGUUAAGGAGAAAAACAGAUGGACCAGAACUUCAUUAUAAAAGCUCAGCACCGUAUGAGAUAGACGAAUAUCCGAUAGAAGAAAAUGAAAGCAAGAAUUAUUUUGAGAGACAACUGAGUACAAGACCAACAGGAUCUUUGGAGCAGAUAGCCGAAGAAAAGCCAGACUUGAAGCUCAAACUUCCACCUUUCCCACAGAGUGCAAAAGAACCAAAGACUAGAGAUAGUAAUACGCCAAAGUUUCCAUUUUUUGAAGACACAUUUUCCGAGUUUCCAGAAGUGAAAGAGGAAUAUGACCUGGCACCUGAUUUCCAGAGGAUUAACAUUAGUGGAGAAGAUACUAGUGGGGUUCACAUCAGUGACUUAGAACAUGCCUCCAAAGCACUUGUUAAAGCCUUGAUAUUGAGACAGAAAUAUAUGAUGUUAUCUCAUCAGAGUUUUCCUAAAAUAACAGCCAGGUUUCUACAGAAUCUUCUUGACAAUGAAGAUUUUAAAGGCAUGAAGGAAGGUUUUGCUGGAAAUUGCCUUAACCCUGAAGAUGCCGAUGGUUACAUGUAUUCCAAAGGGGUUUUGAAGUAUAGUUUUUGUAGAAAUGGUAAGAAGAGUCAUCCUAUAGAUCCUCCACCAAAGACAGGAGAUCCUUUUGAUGUACCUAUCCCAGACGGUGUUGGCUGUCGCCUUAAAAUGAAGCAAGGAGUGACCUAUGUAUAUGCUGACGAAGAAGCUCUUGCUAAUGAUAAACCCCUGGAGUUACCUUACCCUGUUCUUAAGUCAUUUAUAGCUGAUCAAAAUCUUAUGUACACUCUCAUCAGUGAUGGCCCAUUAAAAUCAUUCUGCUACAGAAGGUUGUGCUACUUAUCUGCCAAGUUUAAUAUGCAUAUAUUACUGAAUGAACUUAAAGAGUCUGCAGCACAGAAAGAAGUAUCACACAGAGAUUUCUACAAUAUAAGGAAGGUUGACACUCACAUCCAUGCCUCUUCCUGUAUGAAUCAGAAACAUUUGUUAAGAUUUAUCAAGAAAAAGAUGAAGACAGAAGAAAAUGAAGUUGUUUGUUUUGAUAAAAAGUUGAAUAAAGAAAUGACCCUGAAAGAGGUAUUUGAAACUCUACAGUUGUCAGCAUAUGAUUUGAACAUUGACAGUCUAGACGUACAUGCUGACAGAAACACAUUUCACAGGUUUGACAAGUUCAAUGCCAAGUACAACCCCAUUGGACAAAGUCGACUCAGAGAGAUUUUCAUUAAAACUGAUAAUUAUAUCAAUGGAAAAUACUUUGGUCAAGUCCUCAAGGAAGUGAUGAGUGAUCUGGAGGAGAGUAAAUAUCAGAAUGCUGAGUACAGACUCUCUAUUUAUGGUAGAUCUCGUGAUGAGUGGGACAAACUAGCUAAGUGGGCAGUAAGCCACAAAGUGUACUCAAAUAAUGUACGAUGGCUUAUCCAGGUGCCAAGAUUAUAUGAUGUAUACAAGUCAAAUAAAUUAGUAAACAGUUUCCAGGAUGUACUUGAGAAUAUUUUCUUGCCAUUAUUUGAAGUAACAAACGAUCCUAGUUCACAUCCAGAGUUACAUGCUUUCCUCAGAUAUGUAUCUGGAAUUGACUCUGUAGAUGAUGAAUCUAAAUCAGAACAUAUCCAGUUUACUAAGGAUACACCUGAACCAGAAGACUGGACUAGUAUGGACAAUCCUCCAUAUACAUACUACUUAUACUUUAUGUAUGCUAAUCUUGCUGUUCUAAACCACUUCAGAAGAGAAAGAGGAAUGCACACAUUUGUCCUGAGACCACAUUGUGGUGAGGCAGGAAAUGUUACACAUCUUGUAGCAGGAUUUCUAUUUGCUGAAAAUAUUGCCCAUGGCUUAGUACUAAGAAAGGUUCCUGUACUCCAGUAUCUGUACUAUAUGUCUCAGAUAGGGAUAGCUAUGUCACCGCUCAGCAAUAACUCACUAUUCCUCAACUAUCAGCGUAACCCACUGCCAGAAUACUUCAACAGAGGGCUGAAUGUAUCCCUGUCUACAGAUGAUCCACUGCAGUUCCAUUUCACUAAGGAACCAUUGAUGGAGGAGUAUAGUAUUGCUGCCCAGGUAUGGAAACUAAGUACUUGUGAUAUGUGUGAGAUCGCCAGGAACAGUGUUCUACAGAGUGGAUUUGAACAUGAGGUAAAACAGAACUGGCUUGGACUGAAUUACACCAAAGAAGGGGUAGCAGGAAAUGAUGUGACGAGAACAAAUGUUUCCAGUAUCCGUGUGGCAUAUAGAUAUGAAUCACUAGUGGAUGAGCUCCGCUGUAUCUCAAGUGGUGUAAAGUCAUAUGAUAAAUCUCGAAAAUCUGAAAACUCUUUGUCAUCCUCCUAGACUUUCAUAUAGACUUUCGGGUCUUUUGAGAAGAAGAAUUUGUUUUCUUUUUGUUAUCGUCUGCUUCCAUCCACAGCUUCUUUACAAUUCUAAAAAGAUUCGAUCAAACUUGAACAAAUCUUUAAGAGUGUUAUAUUGCACAACCUAAUGUUUUCUAAUAUCUUUUAUAUUUUAGUGUUUCCUUUAGCCAAAACAUGGACUUUUGCAUAGUUCAUAUGUGGUAUGCAUACCAUAUCUACAAGGUGGUUUGUAACUAUUAAAUUUCAUCUGUUGUUAAAACUGUUUUUGAGGAUUGGCAUGGCCAAGCAGGAAUGUCUACAUGGCUCAUACGAGUUAUAU